GGCCAGAAAAAACGGUUCGGUCGUCUUCUUCCCGGAGACGAGCUGCAGAUAGCGUUUCAGGCCUUCCAGCGGCUCCAAUGGCGCCUCCGUGGCUCCGACGACACGUGGGCAGGGGCGCUCGCGCCGGAACAAGCUGUGGCGGACGCUCGCGGCGCAGCCUCCUCCCACCCCUAACGGCCGCGCGCCUCCGCCAGGACCACGACCCCAGCGCCGCGCAGCGCCGCUUUUCCCUUGCUGCCGGCUAUAAAUCAGCCCAAUGGCCGGAGCGCUCUUCGCACACUGUCAAAUCGGGGAGGGAGCCGCCGGAGUUCUUCUGAAGGAGGGCCGGGGCAAUGGAGGCCAAGACGGGGAAUUCCGGCAUGCUGUACCACGAGCUGCAGGUGCGGCAGCUCUGCGGGCUCCAUGCCCUCAACGCGGCGCUGCAGGGGCCGUUCUUCAGCGAGGGGGACCUCCUGGAGAUCGCGGCGGACCUCGACGCCCGCGAGCGGGAGGUGAUGUACCGCGCCGGCGGCGUGGGGGCGGGGGAUUUCCUCGCCGAGGGCCAGGGAUCCCACAACGUCUCCGACAACGGGGACUUCGGCGUUGAGGUUUUGAAGAGGGCACUAGAGGUAUGGGACCUCCAAUUUAUCCCCAUGUAUUCCCAAGCUGCAGCGGGAUCCCAAUCCAAGCCUGAACUGGAAACUGCCUUCAUCUGCCACUUCCAGAAUCACUGGUUCUGCAUUAGGAACGUGGAUGGGGAGUGGUACAACUUCGAUAGUCUGUAUCCGGCCCCUGAGUACCUCUCUCAGUUUUUCCUCUCAGAUUACCUUGACAACAUGAGGGGUCCUGGCUCAAACAUCUAUGUGGUAAGGGGCACUUUCCCCAGGGACUGCCCUUCUGAUAACAACGAUUUUGGCCAGUGGCUGCGUCCUGAGGAAGCCAAGAUCAUUACACAUUCACGCUUCAAGGCUCAGCAGAAACAACAGAGCAAUACUGCUAUAGUGAUGGCCUCGAGGAGGUAUCUCACAGUGGGGGUAGCCGCUGGCUUGAGGGGCCUUGAAGUUCCAGGCACCAAGACUGAAGUACCUCGUCAGCAACCUUACGAAGAAAAGGACAUGACUAUGAUGCAAGAGGAGGAUGAUGACGACCUGAAGGCGGCAAUAGCUAUUAGCUUGAUGCCAUUUGAAGCUCCAGCGACCAGUUCUCAACCAGCCGAAGAAGAGAGAAAUAGAUGCGCUCAGCAAGGACACCACCAUGGAGGAACCUGGCUCCAGCAACUCUGAAGGGCCAGUUGAAGAAGGUUGUUAGGAUGCCAUCUUUCUUCAUCUACAUAGGAGCAUUCUGAAGCGCGAAAAAAUAGUUUCGAUUGGCUGGAGCGGUUAUUGUGAACUUGUGAUAUGUUGUAAUGAUCUGGAAUGCUGGAUUGAACCUGUGAGACUGAUGAUAUUUACAUACAAGUGUUGAACUUGAGUUAAAAUGUGGCCUUGCAUCUCUGAUCUGUGAAUUUUCUGGAAUUCAUUCUGAAAUGCAGCUAGUGUAAGGUUUGAUUGCUUUUGCUUUGAUCUUGCU